GUGCGACAACUCGCAGAGAGCUACAUAGUGCGUCGUUUUGUCAGGCUUAAAAGAGCAGCAGCGCAGCGACGCUUUUGUAAUUGAGCAUUAUAUACAUAUAUAUCCAUAGCCACACACACACUUACACGGCUCUCUCGGCGCAGGUAGUAUUAAGAGUCGGAUACGCACGGAGGAACCAAUCGCAACAAGUGCAUAAUAGAAGAAACAGAAGGAUGUCGCCGACAUUGACGAAGAUCGUCGCCUCGUUGGUCCUGUGCAACGCGCUGAUGCUCGCGGGCUGCCGGGCCAACGGCCUCGACGAGAUCAUCAAGACCGAGAAGGAGCUCGAGCUCGUCAGCUCGUUCCAGACCGAGGAGGAGAUGCUGAAUUACCUGGGCAUUAAAGAUCCGCGCAAGUCCGAUUACGAGGACGGCGGCGACAGCAACUCGAUUCAUCAGCGCUCGGCGGGCAACAUCAUCAGCAGGCCGCGCAUGGCCAACUGCAAGCCCGAGAACCAGACGGUGAGCACGACCGAGGUCAACGGCACCUAUCACGACCCCUACGUCAUGUUCUCGCCGCCCUGCAUCAGGGUGCAGCGCUGCGGCGGCUGCUGCUGGCUCCAGAAGCUCGCCUGUCGGCCCAUCAAGACCGAGACGCUGUUCGUGCAGCUACUGGGCAUACGCUACCCGGACAGCGAUCACUCCGAGACCUGGAAGGAGCUGGUGCCGAUCGAGCAGCAUCUCGAGUGCAAGUGCGAGUGCCGCUUCGGGCCCGAGGCCUGCAACGACCGGCAGGUCUACUCGAAGCAGGACUGCAUGUGCUACUGCGCGAAUCGCGACGAGGAGGACAAGUGCGAGCGCGGCGACUGGGCCGAGCGUCAUCGCUGGAACGUGACCACGUGCGGCUGCGACUGCCGCCAGGAGUACCUGCGCGAGUGCAGCACCGGCUAUUAUUACGACCAGCAGCAAUGCGCCUGUCGCAAGCUGCAGCUGUUCAGCCACUGGUUCGGUUCGGCUGAUUCUUCCCAAGCUGCUGCUGCUGGUGAAGUUGGAGGUCCCUCGGUGCCUUUGAACAACAGACAGUACGGAGUGGCCGUCAACGAUCGGCGAGCCAGCUACAACAACAACAACAACGGUCGACAGAGGACCACCGACAAGCCGCCCGUCUACGUCUACACGUUCGCCGGCGCCGACGAUCCCAGGAGGAAGCACAAGGACGAUCCCGAGUACUGAGUCGACCGAUUGGCGUUGUACAAUAACGAUCUCUUCUCUGACUCAUCGUCGCAUAGUCGCGCGCGCGUCGAUCUAACACGAUUGUCUAUAUUAUAUACAUUCGCGUCUUUACGUGUACGAUUGUACCGAGAGUGAAUCGUUGUUGUUCCUGGCCGUGAAGUGAAUGUAUCUCUGCCGGGCGAGCAAAAAAAAAAUGUAGAUAUCGAUGUGUAGAUAAUAAAUUCUAAUAUUUAAUAAUUUUUAAUAUAAUACGAGAGUAAAAAAAAAGAGCGUCAUCGCCGCCACGUGCGACGCACGUAGUUUAUCGUUGCCGAUUCGAGGAUGACGAUGACGACGAUGAUUUUGCUGCUGCAGAUUUGCUUUAACGAGCGUAGAUGAUGGUAUAAUCGUCAUCGUGCGCGCGCGAGGGGACGCGUGUAAUAUACUUUGAUCGUCGAAAUUUUAGCGGAUUUUCGUACAAUUAUGUAUUAAAUUUUAACGCGUCGACUUGUUUAACUCGUAUAAUCUUUCAAUGUUGAUUCAAGUGGAAAAGGAAAUGGCACUUUGAUUGAAUCAUAUUGUUCGUUGGAGCGCGCGAUCUUCGCGCGAUAGGCGCGUCGUCGUCGCGAAGAAACGAUUUAAUUAUUUCGAUGAAUAAUUCCCUUAUCUCGUACACAAAUGUGACCGAGAUAACAACAAAAAGAUUAAUCUUUUUAAUGAACGUCCAUUCAUUCAUUCAUUACUAUUAUUAUCGUUAUUUUUAUAAAAGUCGUUGUGGCAAAUAGUAAUAGCUUUGAGACGCGCCGAGAAUGCGCGCGAGAGGAGGUGCAGUGCAAAAGUACCGCGAGGAAUGAUAAUUUUGGAGCUACACACCUUUCGCGACUUCAUUGUCAAUGCAUGUUAUCGAGACAGUUACUUUGAAUAAUUACAUAUAAUGUGAUCGUUUGGUACUUGUAUUUACAUGUAUAAGAUUGAUGAUAUUUCCAAUGUUAUUCCGUGUUUUGUAGAUUUUAAAAGUAAUGAUAUUGUCUUACUUUAUUAAACGAUGAAAAGCAAAAAAUUUUUAUGACCAAAGACGUUCUUGUAUGCAUAUUUCAAGUAUUACGCUCUGUUUCAACUGCACCGUUAUACACAAUAGAUAGAGAAUUAUCUAUAUUGUUAAAAAUGUUUUACCGACCUGAAGAAAAUAACGUAUUCUUUUCUCACUGCGUUAGGAAGUGAGUUUGUGAAAAAUCAAUGUAAAUAAAAUUAUCCAUAUCUUAUAUUCGGUAAGCACUAAAUAUCAAUAAAACAAAUUUAAACAUA